CCAAUAUGAAAACUGGCGCAAACUCUUCAGGAAUAAAGACAGUAGAAGACUUUAAAGUUAUAUCCGAACUAAACACAGGUUGCUUUGGAAAGGUAUCAAAAAUAGAAGAAAUCGAGACGGGAGAGAUCCUUGUAUGGAAAGAAAUAAAUUACAAAAAUAUUGAUCAAAAGCAAAGGAAGUUAAUAGUCACCGAAGUCAACAUCAUGCGGUCGCUCGACGAUGACAAUAUUGUGAAGUAUAAGUAUAGAAUUAAUGAGAGAACUGAGGAGAAGCUCUAUAUUGUGAUGGAGUUCUGUGAAAAAGGCGACCUCAAGCAGUUUAUUGAUAAGAGAAAGAAAUCAAAAGAACCUAUUAGUGAAGAAUUCAUCUGGAAUUUACUUACUCAAAUGCUCCUCGCUCUUGAUGCUUGCCAUAGCAAUAAAGAAAGAGUAAUCAUUCAUAGAGACAUCAAACCAGGAAAUAUCUUUAUUGAUAGAUUCGGCCAAUUCAAACUAGGUGAUUUCGGGCUUAGUAAAGAACUUUCAGAAAGUUCUGUAUGUGCAAAGACCAACCUUGGAACACCAUAUUAUAUGUCUCCAGAGCAAGUGAAAGGGAGCGAGUAUGACCAAAAGUGAGAUAUAUGGUCACUUGGAUGCAUUAUUCACGAAAUGGCAAGCUUAGAAGUCCCUUUCAAGGCUGAAAAUUACCUUAGACUGGCUGAAGUCAUUUCCAAGGGUAUAAAAUCACCUAUUCCAGACAGAUACUCAGAAGACCUUCAAAAAUUCAUUGACAUCCUAAUGCAUAAAGACCCUAGGCACAGACCAAGUGCUGACAAAUUACUCUAUCAUCCAAGAAUUUCUGAGUGUCUUACCAAUAUCAACCUCAAAAAGCGCAUUAACCUCAAAAUAGAAAAGGAGGAAUUUAUCAAAAGACAAAAAGAGGUCUUCCUAAAAGAGCAAAAAUUAAGACACAAAGAAAGAGAACUUGAACGCCUCAACUCCAAAUACCUCAAAAGAGUCAAGGAGCUGAAGGAGCUUGAAAAGAAUUUAGAAAGAAGGCAUUCAAAAAUGAAAAAUUUAGCAACAAAUCCCGACUUCUCCCGAAAUAUGAAGGGAAAUGACCUCCGAAAACUCAACAAAACUGUUGAUCAGGCCCAAGAUAUGUCCGUGAUCAAUGGGUCUCAAGAGAGACAUAUUGAUACCUCUCUCAAGGUAGAGAGGAUGAGUUACGACCUGAAGGAAGUUGACUAUAACAUAGAGAAUAUCAAUACUUCCAAUAGAAAUCUUCUGUCCUCAACAUCCUCUUAUUCAGCGAAUAAUUAUAAGAACUUGAGCAGUCAUGAAUCUAAGAAUUUAAGCAGUUCAAACAAUUUUGAUGAUUCUCAGAAGGAUAUCAACAGUAGUCUGACUAAAAGACCUGGACAAAUCAGAUGUGAACUCUAUGGGAAAAAUGUCAAAAUCAAUCUUUGUAAUGAUGACAAUAGUAAUGGCAGCACAGAAAAUUAUAAGGCCAUAGGAAGUAACUGUUUGAAUAAUGACAGCAGAGAUAAAAUACACUCCUUAAUGACCAGAGAUACUGCAACUAUUGUCGCCAAGAAAGUUAAGAAUGCUCUUGAAAACCACAUGGCUACAAAAGAGAGAUCCUUCGAGACUAACACUCUAAAUACUACCAGAGGACUUCCUCCAAGUGGUCAGAAGCAGAUUCAAAGAACUUCUUUAGAGGUUGCUAAGCAAACAGAAAGUAAUAGUGGAAGCAACCCAGAAGGAGGCAUCAAUCUCUCUAGGAACUAUUCUACUAAUUUCCUUCAAAAUGCUAACAAUGAUGAAGGCAGUAGGAAUAGACUAGGAAAUCGGAAGAGUAUCCCUGUCUCUUUCAGGACAAAUAGUGUCGAAAAUCUUCAUGCUGCUCAAAAUAUCCAAUGAGGGAAUCAGACAAUUCAGCGGAAUUUGAUUCCAAGCCAUCUUUCCAAUAUGAAAGUGGCAAGCAACCUGAAGUUAAAGAAGACCAACAGUACAAGCAUUGCUAAGCCUCCAAUGCGGACAAACUUUGUGAAGACUGGGGUAGAUCAAAACAUUCUCAAAAACUUCAAGAAGUUCUCUGCUGGAUCUAAGAACUCUUUAACCAGGAAAAACUUCAAGACAUCAUCUAGCACCACAGAUUUGAAAAUUAAUGGAACAAGUGCUAGCUCUCGUGAUGGGUUCCUUGCUACAGGGAGGUACCCUUUUACUAAUGUAAAAUCGAUCGCAACACCAAAAGAAAUGAUGGUAAAUACUUUUGAACUCAAGAACACUUCUACCACCAGGAGGCCUAGUAUUGAAAGCCGUCAGAAGAUUCCAUACCGGAACGAAAAGGAGCUCUUCCACAAAAAUGGAAGUGUGACUAACAGGACCACCAACAGACCAUUCGGAGAAGACGAUUCCUUGAUGAUUGACAGGAACAUGCACAAUCCUUCCCUGAACUCCUUUAUGAAGCGGAAGCAAUCAAAGAACCAUUAAUUUAUAAAUUAUCAUAAUUUUUGUGGUUA